GCAAUCAAUACGUCACCGCGCGUUGCAUCAUGGACGUGUCGGCCAUUUUGUAGGUUACAAGCACUUGAUCCGAAGUGGCUAAAAUGAAAUAAUCAACCGUAUAACUUUUAUAAACGAUUAAAUGACUGUAUGAGGGAUACGAAACCAUUUGCACAGGUAUGCAUAAGUGUGGUGCUUGUAUGAAGAACUGAGUGAAGUGCAGGAAAGCAAUGGGAAAACGGAGGGUGCCGGAUCUCUACAGAGCUCCUUUUCCCUUGUACUCCAUAAAAAUAGACCCUAAAGCAGGUCUAUUGGUAGUAGCAGGAGGAGGAGGGGCUUCCAAUACUGGCAUUAAGAAUGGUUUGCACUUCCUGGAGCUACAGUUGGUCGGAGAAAACCAGUACAGUGCCAGCCUGGUUCAUUCACAUGAUACUGCCACACGCGCCACAAUGAAUUUAGCAUUGGGCCAUGGCGUGAUAGCUGCAGGACAAGAUGGAACAUGCUCUUUGAUGAAAUUUGAGGACUGCGCACAGAAACGUGAAGGCAAACCUUCUAAUGAUGUUGCAAUGUACAAGCCAAUGAUUUUUUUCUUUCAGUUUCCAUCACUAAAGAAAAAGUUUGACUUCAAAGCGCAUGAAGGAGAGAUAGAAGACUUGGAUCUCAGCCCAGGAAACAAGCACCUGGUAACUGUUGGCAGGGACUUCGCUUGCAGUGUGUGGCGCAACAACCAACAAGUUAUGGGUCUUAAAUGGCAUGAGACAAUUCAGGUAGCUGAAAAGACAUAUCGCUAUAUGGCUUGCAGGUUUGGAAAGGUUGAAGACCAAAAGGAUGGACUAAGGCUGUACACGGUUCAGAUCCCCCACAAAAGAGAGCGAAAACCUCCCCCUUGUUACCUCACCAAGUGGGAAGGCAAAAGCUUCCUCCCGAUGUUGACUGCUCCAUGUGGGGGAGAGGUCAUCUCAAGCCUUGCUGUAAGUGAUUCUGGAACAUUUCUUGGACUGGGAACUAUAACAGGAUCAGUUGCUAUCUACAUUGCUUUCUCCCUGCAGAGGUUGUAUUACGUGAAGGAGUCCCAUGCCAUUGUUGUGACAGACCUGGCCUUCCUCCCUGACACGUUUAAAGGCCAAAGUAUCAAAGGAAACAAUGAAACGGCCAUGAUUAGUGUAGCAGUAGACAGCCGCUGUCAGCUACAUGCCGUCCACAACCGAAGAACUUUUCCCCUCUGGAUUGUGCUGUUUUUCUGUGGUCUCGUUGUGGUGGGAAUCGUGCUGCUCCUUCAGUAUUUCAUCCCAGGGUUUUUAUGAGUUCCUGCAUCCUCACAGAGCUCCAAACACAUCUAAUCCAGACCUCAGUCCAUCCAACACAUCCAAAUCCGCUAGUGCUGCACAUGUCAACCUCCUUUGUUGUGUCCUGCCAUUUUUUUUUUCCUGCUCAGGGUUGUUCUUCUCAGACAUUUGAACACAACACAGAUGCCUAAAAUGGACAUUUUCAUUGUUUUGAUUUAUAUCUUAUAUCUGAUCACAUCUUGGAAAUUAUUUUGAAGGCAACAUUGAAUCUUGAAUGUUCAAAGGAUGGGAACCCACAAAUGAAGUAGAGAUCAUUGUAACAACAUAAAUAAUAAAUGUACAUAUGUAUAUGUAAUAGUUAUUAUAAAAUAGCUAAUAGGUUUAAAAUUGAUUCUAUAAAUAUUACAUAUAUAGUUUGUAACAGAUUUAAUUCUUGUUUACUCAAAAGAAUGCCAGUUUACUCAAAAGAAUGCCAUUUGCAUUGUAAACACUAGUGGGCAGCACAGACCAGGGCAUCCUAGAGCACUCUUGUCAAGAGCUGGGUGCCAAUAAAAUGCAUUUGGAUGCGUUGGUUUUAUAUUACAUUGAUGAAAUCUAGAGAACAAAACAAUCUGUACCAGUAGUCUUAGUUUCGAACCUUUCUACACAUUUGCUCCCUCAUCAAACACAGUUUGAUAUUUUAAAACAAAUUUAAGAUAUUUGAUGUUGCCAGGAUUGUUAAUAUGACCAUGUUUAAAUAUAUUUCACACAUUCCAAUUGUUGAUACGCUGCCCUGUGCAGCUGUAAAAAUGUGAAUAAAAUUUUAAAUGACGACAUAUAUAUUUGUUAUGCCAUUAUCAGGAAAAUUUGUGUAUGCGUUCUUUUCAAUCUCAAGUCUUUGAAAUAAUGCCUUAAAUAUGUCCAUGGGAAUUGAUGUAAACUAAAAUUGAAGCCAUCAAAGAAAAUAUACCUUGUCUAGAAUAUUUCUUGUGUUACAUUUACACAUUAAACUAUAAUUCUGACUACAAGUUUUGUCAAUGUUCUGAUGAAGGCAGGGGCACAACUGCCCAUUCUUGUUAGGGUAUGCGAAAUGAAAAAUGAGGCCCCAGUAACAUUGCCUUGCGGUCUGAUGAAGUAACACAUUGAACUAAUCCAAGCAGAGAUUUGUGUACGUCGCCAUCUAGUGAUUUGCUGCCAUUACCGGGGUGCUUACACACCACCUAUACCCUACCCACCGACGUCAUAAAACCACGUGCUCGCUGUAUGGUUCCGCCCACUUGUCCGUCAUUUUGUCUCUGUAUUAGCAUUGGUUUCAAUUGAUCGAGGAAUUUAAAAUGCAUUUCAUGGAAGACCCGGUGCUUUCUGAUGCCGUAAACUCACUGGAUGUGUUGCAUAAAAGGGGUUAUGUGGAAAAGCUUCGUUCUAUACAGUCGCCAGAUCCGUAUUUGAUGCCCAAAUCGAUGUUUUUCGACCCACUGUCUUCGCCCUGUCUGCCUGACAUCUGCUACGCUGAUAUUUACAAUGAUCUUGUCCACACAAAAUCAGCCUAUUCUCACGAAAAUUUGAAAAACACUUUAAGAGCUUGGAGGCUUAUAAAUACUUCGUUGCUGGUUGGGUGAAACAUGUCCUCGUCCACGAAAAUUCGGCAGGAAUCU